UCAGCGACAUGAGUCGCCCCAGCACCAGCAGCACAGCUGAAAAAGCACCGCGGAAUGUGCUCUGGGGAGGGGAACUAAAUCAGGAGAAGCGGACUUGCACCUUCAGACCUCAAGUGGAGAGGAAGGAGAACUGUAGGCUGUUGCUCAGUGCGAUUUGUCUGGGGGAGAAAGCCAAAGAGGAGGUGAACCGCGUGGAGAUCCUGCCCUCGGGAAACCAGGAGGACAAGAAGACACAGCCCAUCACCAUUGCCUCGCUGAAGGCCUCUGUCCUGCCCAUGGUCACCAUGACAGGAGUAGAGCUUUCUCCUCCAGUUACUUUUCAACUCCGGGCUGGCUCAGGGCCUGUGUUUCUCAGUGGCCAGGAAUAUUAUGAAACUUCAGACCUACCCUGGGAAGAAGAGGAGGAGGAAGAGGGGGAGGAGGAGGAGGAGGAAGAGGAAGAAGAAGAUGACGACGAUGAUGAUGCCGAAGCGUCUCUAGAGGAGACCCCUGUCAAACAAGUCAAAAGGCCAGCGCUGCAGAAGCAGAUGAGCAUUGCCAAGAAAAAAAAGCUGGAGAAAGAAGAGGAGGAGGCAGUAAGGUUCAGCCUUUCAGAGAAGAGCCCUGUGAGAAAGGCCAAACCCCCAGUCAGACCUAAGAAGCUGGGUUCCAAGAAAUAGAAGCCAGAAGGGCCACCAGCCCCCCACACAGAGGGCUUUCCUCCUGCCGAGCGCUGGGUUCGGAU